UAGCAGCCAUUCUUUCCACAGGCUUUAUUCACAGAAACGUCGCUGGAUUAACGUGGUCGUCAUUGGAUGUUCUUGAAUUAUAAAUCACCGUUUUUGAAGAAAUUGAAUGACAAAUGACUUCCCUAUGGGUUGCUCGGCCUCGCUUCAUCCUCGUGUUAGUUCACGACAUUUGCCAUCGGCUAAAGUAAAGACAGUCGCUGUUCCUUUAACAGCCGAUACAAAAAAUACGCUUAGAGAAUCGUGGAAACUUGUGGAGCCUUUAAAAACCGAAGCUGGAAAAUUGAUGUUUGUGAGGCUUUUUGAGACACACCCAAACAUCCAAGACACGUUUCCAACAUUCAAAGGCGUUAGCUUAGACGAGCUGAUGAACUCUCGAUCCUUGUAUCUUCAUGCCAAGCGAGUUAUGGCUGCUGUCGAUAAUGCUAUCAAUGCGUUAGAUGAUUGUGAAGUGUUGAUUGAGAGUCUUACAAGCCUGGGACAAAGACAUCAGGCCUGGUCUGUAAUGGAAGACCACUUUGCGGUUGUUGGUGAGGCUCUGUUGUGGACUUUGCAAGACCUGCUUCAGUCUAAAUGCACGAGUCAGGUUUUAGAGGCCUGGACAGAACUGUUUAAGUUCAUAACAAAAACGAUGUUAGUCGGGAUUCGCGUAAACGAAGCGGAUGAUGGGAAAUUAUAUUCUUGCUAAAACUGGACCAAAUUCCGAUUGGUCACUCUACACACAAUGGCCCGAUUUAUACUAGAGACGAAUCAUCCGUCUAGGACGAGCUUGGGCAAGGAACGGUAGCUCGUCUAAUAAUCCGUCUGUGUAUAAAUACGGGCAACCAGUCGGAUCAUCCAUCCAGACGAGCUAUCGCGAUAGUUUGUCUUGUCAGACGAAUUAUUGUGGAUAACUCGUCAAGACGGAUGAUCCGUCGCUGUGUAUAAAUGCGGGAAGAAGACGAACUAUCCACGAAAACUACACCUCGUUACAAGAAGCCAGCGGUUGUUUUCAAUAAACUAUCAAUUCAAGAUGGCGGACAAGUCAAAUGGUGGUUCGUACAAGCCCAGAAAGUCAAAAAAAAGAACGUGUAUGGACGAAUACAUAAAUGAAAUACCUUACGCUUGUGUUAGCAGAGGAGAAAAAGCACCAGUGUCAUUGCCGCCAUUUUGAAAUUUGCCGCCAAUGCCGCACUAAAACAUUUGACUAGGGCCCAAGCCUUUUCGUUGUGUUCAGAAAAAUCGUCCAGUAUAAAACACGGGAUGAGUCACACGACACACCGAUAGUUCGUCUCAUAUUCCUUCACAUAUUUAUACUAGACAAAUGAUCCUUCUCGACGGAUAAUCCAUCGGGACGGAUGAUCCGUCUCCAGUAUAAAUCGGGCCAAUUUCAAUGCCAGAGACUUGAAGGUCAACUUUGGGUUCAUACUUUUGCAUAACAACUGACCUAGUUAACAAGGGAUCUAUCGCUCAUUUAGAUUCAGCACCGUUAGGAGCCCAUAUUAAGCUUUGGACUCAAGUGUUCUCGAUACCAGAACAGUCGAAUAAGCAGGAGUAACUCCUCUAAUAAAAUGAUUUAUUUGAAGCUCAAAACAUAACAAGAUGUCCGCUAUAGGAAAAAAGUGCCGAAGCCCGUGGUCCCCGGAAGCAAAAACCACAAAUGGGCGGGAAAACAAGUGAUGUUUGAACAAAUCCUUUUUUAUCACCGAGGAGAUCUAUUAUUAGAAAGGUCUCCUCAUCAAAACAGAGCUGUGACAUUCCUAUUGUUUUACGUCAAACAUCCGAUUACAUCCGCUCGCAUCUACUGGGUUGCAUAAUCAGUUGCCAUCGCUCGGUAGCUCUGUUCAUAACUAGCAAUAGAUCACAGUUCGACUGCGCCAAUGUGUCACUUCUGGUGAACUGACGUACGGCAAAAUAGAAUCUAUUUGUUAGAGGGAGCUCAAAAUUUUACUCAAUAGAAAACAGGAUCCAAAGUACACAUUUGAAUGAAAACUAGCACAUGAACACUA